UGAUAAUUGAAGGACCAUUUUCAAAAGAAAAAAAACUUAUAAAAUUAGGGCAAAGACAAACGGAACCAAAUUGCUGCUUAUACAAAUUAUAUAUAUACUCGGGUCAACAAACUCCGGCCCAAGGUGCAAACCCGACCCGUAUUAGAGUGUAUAGCGCUAAAACCCUCCUUGUCCCCUAAUUCUCCGUGCCUGCAAAAAUGAAUUCAGUGGCUGCUAAACUUGUCAAAUUAUUACGCUUAUCACCAGCCACCAGACCAGUGAUGGGUGUGCAAGGAAGCUCUAGGUUGUGUUAUUCAACUGGUACAUUUCUCAGUGAUGAUGAGCCUGCAAGUAAUAAUGAAGAUGUACGAAUCGACGAUGAUGAUUUUCUUCCCGAAAAACCUGACUUGCAGCUGCAAGGUGUGGAUCCCAGAAAGGGUUGGAAUUUUAGGGGUGUUCAUAAGGCUAUUAUAUGUGGCAAAGUCGGGCAAUCUCCUGUGCAGAAGAUAUUGAGAAAUGGACGAACUGUCACUAUCUUCACAGUUGGAACAGGUGGCAUGUUCGAUCAGAGAAUCCCGGGAGACAGAGACUUGCCUAAACCUGGUCAGUGGCAUAGGAUCGCGGUGCAUAAUGAUAUGCUUGGGCAGUACUCUGUUCAGCAACUUACCAAAAACUCCUCAGUCUACAUAGAGGGUGAUAUUGAAACCAGAGUCUAUAAUGAUAGUCUCAGCGGCGAAGUUAAAAGCAUACCAGAAAUUUGUGUGCGCAGAGAUGGGAGGAUUCGGCUUAUAAAAGGUGGUGAAAGUGUCAGCAGUAUCUCUAUUGAUGAGCUCCGAGAAGGAUUGCUGUAGAAGCUCAUUGGUAAAUUGUCAAAAUAUGGUAGUAGGUGGUUGGGAGAGGUUGGCGGGAAGGGGUUGAGAGGGAACGAAGCAACUGAGGUAGUGACCUAUUGUUGAAAUAUAUUCUGCAGUAACACAAAAGUUUCCUUAUUUCCAUCUGUAACUUGAAAAAUUUCAGUUACUAGUUUGCCUUCAACGGCUAGUUUCCAUCUUCUCGCUUGUAUUUUGUUCAGAAGCAGGAGAGAUGUACCUUUUGGAUCCACAUUAUUUUGUGGGUAGUUUCUUCAUUCGCCAUAGCUGUGUAAAAUGUUGUUCAAAUGAUUGAAAUAACUAGGUGUAACUGUGAAAGAAUAGGACUACUUGUGGAAUGAAGUGGUGGCUGCUAAUUCAUAGUUAAUCUUUUA